AUGUACAUAGGUGAUAAAUGGGAAUUUGACACCAGUGAAACUCUCGCAGGUGGUCAGCCUGAGGUUUUUGUUGAGUUAGAAACCUUUGCCACAACAUCACUAUCAAGUGAACAUGCAACUGAUGCUACUUUUGAAAGAUCAGGAUCUACAGUCCUUCAUCUGCCAGAUAUCACAGAUGAAAAUGUCUCAGAAGAUCAGACAUUGUUUGGAGCUUAUAAAGUUGGUUCUUCGUACUCUAUACCUGAACAGAUGGCUAUUCUAAACGAAGUAGUUACACCAGAAAUGACUUGCUUUACUCAUGAAAUUGAAUCUGAUUUUGGCUUUGAAGCAACAACACCAACCGGCAACUUGCAGCAACCAACUGCUGAUGAAACUAACCAAGAAUCUCAAAAAGAGUUUACUGGUAUUGGGUAUGUAAGUUACCCAAUUGGAAAUCAAAAUAUUGAUCAAUUAAGAGAAAGUGUGCCAGACCAAUCACAAGUGAAGAAGAUUGAAACCGAAAAACAAACAGCUUCUCUUGUUGAAUCAAACGCAGUUGUGGAAGCAAAUAAAAGAAGCGAGAUUGUGAAAGAGGGUCUGACACAUUUUAAGGAAACUCAGCUGAGUUUUGAUUCCAUUUCCCACUUAGAUCUACCGUGUUAUUCAAGCUCUUGCAGCAGCUCUUCCGAAUCAGGAGAUGAAGAAGAGUUUGUUAUACUUCCUACCAGGAAUGAUGCAGUCAGCAGUCUUGAAAUGUGUAAUGUUGAUUCUGAGCCAAUUGCAGAGUCUACUGGUGAUGAACUUCUUUCUAUAAAAACAGAUGAGAAACAGCACCGGACUGUAGAUUGUGAAAACCAAGAUUUUUCCACAAUUGAUGAGGUUUUUGAAGAAACUGAAAAUGUUUGUGUCUCUAAUACAAUAACUUAUAAUGCACCUGUAUCAAAAGUUGACAUGGGGAAACAUAUAACAGAUACAAGUUUUAUGGUUGCUACUGAAACAGAGUAUUCUUCAAACCAAGAGGCUUUAAAAAGAAACUCUGAAAUCACUUAUGUCAAUGUGCUUUCUAAUGAAGAAAAGUUAACUACCAUAUGUCAUGAUGAUAAUACGAUUGCUACAACUGUUACAAACUAUGAAGCUGAUUUACCCCAGUGUUCUGAUUCUUCUUCAAAUGAUACAGUCAAGGUUUGUCCACCUGUGCAUGUAAUGACAACAGAUACUGCAUAUGCGCGUCAAAUGACAACUGAAAAAUUGUAUCAUGAUCCUGUGGACACUGGAGAAAAGUUUCAGCCUGGCUUAAAAAUUAUUGAACAAGAAGCCCAAGAUUCUGGUUUUAAUCUAAACUGUUCAGCAAGUAAUAAUGAUGAAAGCGGACAAACAGAAACAUUUGAUUUGUACCCAAUACUACAUAGCCGGGAACCUGAUGAUGAGUUAGUUAUUCCUAUUCAGUACUCCAUUACAGAAGUAAAUGAACAAGCAGUAAAAACAUUAGAUGUUUCUGCAAAUGAUUCUGGUGUUGUGCUUGAUCAGUCUGUUAAUGCAGACAAUGAGUUUGGUAUGAAAGAUACUACAUUGCAAGGUCCACAUCCCAUACAUUCCACUUUUGUUGUGAAUGGAGAUGUUCCAAACGAAAUGUAUGAGUUUAGCGGUGAUCCAAAUGAUACCAUGGAUAAUGUUGAGCACAUUACUCCAUUUACAGCUGAAGCUCAGAUAUUGAAUGAAGCAAAUGGAUGUUCACUGGCACAAGAACUAGCCGAUGCAAUGGCACCAGGUAUUCAACAUGGAUCAUAUUACCCUGAUAACCUGGGUGAUUCUGAAAUGAACGAAACUGAAUAUAAUGCAGAUAUAAUGUCAUCACAAGACCAUUUAACUGGUUUGAAGCAAUCUGAUGAAAUUUAUGAAAGUAUAACAGAACAACCAAAUGUUAGUCAUACCAUGACUUGCUUUACACAGCACUCAAACAUGGAAGGUGAAACAAUACUUCAGUCAAAUGAAAAUCAAGAUGUUAACUUUGCUUCAUGCAAUGAUAGAGAUCUGGAGGAAAUUAAUAAACUUCAGUCACAUGGUUGGUCACAGUUCACUGAAGAUACAAAUGAUCCCAUUGAUGAAGUGUCAAGAUCUGAUUUAUCUCCAAAUGGUGGUGCUGAAACUUGUUUUUCUUCAGUUCAUACCGGUUUGUACACAAGCAACCAGUGUGUCGAAUAUAGCAAUGAAACAUUUAUGGAAUACAAAAAUGAUCUAGAUGUAGAUAAAGUGAAUGAUGAUUUGUAUUACAAUGUCCAUGAUGCAUCAGAACUACCUGUAUAUGCUGACCAAAGCAUGGGUCAGGAUGAACCUACAGAUUUGUUGGUGAUUAAAUCAAGUGACAGUGGAGAUAUUGAAUUAAAACAAGCACAAGUUGUAACACUUGAAACUCCCGAAUCCAGACUUUCUAUGCUUGAAACUGUACAACCAUUUGCUGAGAACAGUGGAACUGAAAUUGAAGGAAAUCCUGACAAAAAUCGUUUUAAAAGAUUUUCAGAGUAUGACUGGACAAAAACUCCGGCUAAUUCCGGUGAAAUUGAUGAUGAUUGUUCAACUUCUUCUUCAUCCACAUCCAAUCCAGACUCUGAAUCUGGAAAUGACUCUGAUCACAUCCCUUUUACUAAUGUACUCACAUGUGGAACCAUAGUUGUGUCAGAGUCAACUGAGCUGUUGGUUCCUGCUGAUGCGGAGUUUAAUCAAUUGGAACAGCAUCAUGCAGUAGAAUCCAGCAUGGGACUAAAUGUAUCAAGCAUACCAGCAUCAUCAUCAAACUUGGAGUUUUCCUCAUUCGCUGAAGAUCGAGCAACUACUUCCUGUAUCACAACCUCUAAGUACGAAGACAAAAUAACAUUAGCUCCUGUAUUUCCCAAAGCACAUGGAGUGUUUCGUAGCCAGUCAGAAUCACAGGGAGAUUUACCAAAUAAUCGAAUUGAUUCUGAUGCAUUUUCGGACACAGAUGUAAUGUUGGAUAACUCUGACUAUGAGUCAGAUGAAAAGCUUGAAAAUACAUCACUUUUAAAUCCCACUAAACACAUUUCAAGUGAAGAUAGGAUGGAAGCCGAAGCAUUCAUAACACCAACUAGCAUCGGUUUAGAAGAAGGUGCAAAUUUAUGUAAACGGUUCGCCAGACCUGUAUCUCCUACACCACCCAGAGAUAUGGAAACUACAUCUAAUAAUAAAGAUGAUGUUGUUGUAGCAAACGUUGAUGAUAAUAGUGAAGCUCCUAUGACUCCAAAUUUUCCUAGAGUGUCAGUAGCAGCACGUUUAAUGUCAACAGAUAUGAGAGAACUCUCCCCUGCCCCAGCCUCAUGUGAAUCCAUGGGAGAAGCUUCAGCAAAUGAUGAGUUUUCGUUCCGAAACUUCCCACCUCGGCAUGCAGUUUCUCGCUCAAUAGACUCAGCUGCCACUGUGUUUCAAUUUUCCUCUACAGAAGCUUUUCCCUUCGAUGGAUUCAGUGCAUCAUCAUCACGAGUAAUUUCUCUAACCACCGACCAGGCUUCUGUAGAAGAACCAUGCAUUCUAGAUGAAACACAACAAGAUCACAUUCACACUGAUAAUGAAAAUAUAGAUCAUGCCUCUCUGGAAGUGCAAUCCAGCUUUGAAUCGCAAAGAGAAGGGAUGCAAUCUGUUACUGCACCUGGAUAUAUGUCAAUGACAUUACCGGAUCAAUCUACUUCUGCAAAUGUUUAUUCCAUGGGUCCAGUUACCACCUCCACCUGUAAAGAAUCCUUUAGUGUCACAAGUCAAGUAGAAAGAGAACAAUCCAAUGUGAAUGUUAUUCCACAACAUUGCAUGACUUCCUUUUCUGAAAAGUUUUCCAAAUUUGUAGAAAUUAUGGAAAAGGAGGGAGUACCUUGUUCACCAGUUGAGCAUGAGCCACUUUCCAUACCAAUUGAAGGAUAUAUGGAAAUCAUGGACCCUGCUCGAGCCAGAGCAGAAGCAGCUAGGUUUGAAGACAUGGCGUAUAUGGAUAUAGCAUACCAGGCCAACUCAGAAGAGUACAAUAUAACAACACGUUCCCGUCACAGUACAGGUCAAGAAAUUAAGGCAAUUGCAGAUGACAUCCUGUUAACUGAAGACAGCUCUGAAUCAAUUGAAAUGGACAGUGUUGUGACUCCACAGGGAACUUUGUUACACACCAUAUUGCAAACUAGUGAAGAGCAUGAAACAUUAGGCAAAAGCUCAACAGAGUUUUCUAAAACUAAAACGGAUUCAGAACUGUCUCAUGGUGAUGAAUUGCCUAAAGCAAAACUUGAAAAGGUUAAAACAAGUCGAAUUCCAGUUUCAAAAAUGACCAAACCCAAACCUGUUGCUCAGAGAAAACGAGAAGAUCCUGUUUCACCUGGUUUAUCCCGUAGCCUCCCCUUGCGCUCUUCUGGGAAGAAAAAAAGAGAUAAUACCUCCUCUUUCACGAAAAGAAAGGGUUUGUCAAGAAGCACAUCCGCAUCUAAACUUCCUGUAAGGCGUAGCACUGAAAGUCAACGUCCAAAAUCAAAGAAAACUAAACAGAAACCACAAAACCAAGAUUGUGAUAAUUCUAUUGCUAGUCAAUCUUCUUUGGCAAGUCAAGGGAGUUGUUCUUCCACAGUUUCACGAUCGUCAUCAACCAGCUCAAUGAGAUCUCUAAAGUUUCGCAAAAGUGGUGGAAGUUCCCCAGUACAGGAAACAAGUAUUUUUCGAUCUGAAGCAUUUGUUAGCAAGACAAUGGGUAAUGAGAAAUACAUUGCACUGCGUGAAGGUGUGUUCACAUAUAAAACUUCUCCGGCAGAAGAAAAAGAAAAGAAAAACAGAAAUAAAACAACAUCACCUGGCCAAACUAAUACUGCAACAACACAAAUAAGAACUUUGAAAUCAACUGGAAUUCCAGUGCCUUCCCGACUUCACGGUCAUGCAACUGCUCCUUAUGCCUGUGAUACAACAAAGUCUACAUCUUAUACAAAUGAAGAAACGCAUUUUUUAGCUGAUAGCCCGAGCCUCUCAGGGUCAACCACAUUAACCUUUGAACGCUCGGGCGCAAACCUCGAUAGUGUAGAAGUAAAAACUUCCAGUACUGUGAGUACCACAUACAGUACAAGCGGUGUGAAAAUAUCUUCAAAUUUUGCAACUUCCCUACACGAUACAAUGAAAACAUUGUGUACAACAUCAGAGGGAACUUCAACAACUAUGCAUGAAUACAGUGAAGACUACAGUACAACACAUACAGAAGAUACAAUAAAUCGCGUUUCACACCUGUCAGAAUCAAGUAGUUCUUAUCGAGACAGUAUUAGUGCAGAAAGUAUGGAAAGUACUUCACCUUUGUCAUCUGACUCUAUGGACUGCAGUUGCAACUCAGUCAUUAGAGAGAUAGAACAAGAAGCUGACACACUUUCUAUUACAUCUGAUUCUUUGGAAAAUGAGCCAUCUGAUUUCAUGCGAACAAAUUUUAAAACAGAAAUGAACAAUUCUGUUGUAGUUACUUCUUUAUUGUCAAAUCUUGUGCAUAGCUCUGGUAUUCAAAAUGCAACAUCGAGCUCUCAAGCAGUAUCUACAAGUGCACACUUUGGCCAAAUGAUGUCUCUCGAACAUGCUGGUUCUGAAGUACAUCAGGAUGGACAAAGACGAACUAGGAUACCAUCUGAAAAAGAUGCUUUGGAGCAAAAGCAUCAGGCCAUUGCUUCACAGCUUGGUCUGCAAUGGCCACAGUUAGCUGGUGCUCUUGGUCUAAAUGCAGAUGAUGUGUGGAAGGUGCAGAAGCAUGGAGACGGUGGGAAUCCAGGUGAACAAAGUUCAAGAAUGCUUCAGAUGUGGUUGGAAAGAAGUGGAGACAAAGCAACAGAUGAACAGUUAAGUGCUGGAUUAAAUAGUAUUGGUCGAGGAGAUUUGUGCUACUUGCUUGAGGAUCCAGUUUUUCAUUAUGGUGAGGUUGAUCCAUCUCUACAUAUGGACAGACACCUUCAUUACGAUACUUCAGGUUUCAAUGCAUUAACCGAUGAGUUAGGUUCAGCAACCCCUACUCCUGGUCAUGUAAGUUCUCCUUACCCCUUCACAAAUAGAGAAAACAGACCACAAAUUAGUACAUCCACACCUACACCAGCUAUUAAGGCUGAAAAUGAAACAGUAAAUGGAGAUCUUUCUGUAAUAACUCCAUCCACAACUGGAGUAGAUGACGAUGAUGAUUACAACACGCCACACUUCAUAUAUGUUGCUGAUGAAGAUGAUGGUGCACAAGAGAAUAAUGUUGAAGAUCAUGAUCAAAGUUCAAUUAAAAGUGAGGAAAAUGCUCAAAGAUCACGAAAAUCAUCAUCAGCUUCAUCUUCUACCACAAGCGGAGAACACAGCAUGACUGAAGAUAAUAUGGUGGCGGAUACCAAAGAAACUGCUGAAAGUGUUAAAAGUGAAGAAAACAAUGAUGAGGAACGAAAUGGAAAUAAUGAUUUGUACCAACCCGGUAGCAGUGAUACUGCUGAUGUUCCAGAAGAAAAUGUCAUCACCAGCACAACUACGAUUAUAAGAACAAUAGUAGUUCAAACAGACUCUCCGCAAACAGUUGAGCUACCAUCCCCUAAAAUAGAAGGCGAAGACGUAGUAGAGGUUUCUCGUGAAGUCCAUCAAGAAGUUGUCAAUAACGAUGACAAAGCUUAA